AUGGCCCGCAUCUUCAUUACCGGCUCCAGCGACGGCAUCGGCCAAGCCGCCGCCAAACCCCUCACCGAACAAGGCCACAAAGUCUGGCUCCACGCCAGGUCCCAAUCCCGAGCAAAAGAAGCCAAAGCCGCAGUGCCAAACGUAGAAGGCGUCAUCAUCGGCGACCUAACCAGCAUCGAAGACACCAAACACCUAGCAAGCGAAGCAAACAAAAACGGCCCAUGGGACUCCAUCGUCCACAACGCCGGCCUAGGCCCCUCAAACUCUCUCGGCAACACUGGCGACGGCCUCCCAUCAACCUUCCAAGUCAACAGCCUAGCCCCCUAUAUCCUCACAGCCCUAAUGGACAAACCAAAACGCCUCCUCUACCUCUCCUCCGGCCUCCACUCCGGCGGAACCUACAGCGACUCGAAACUCCACGACAUCAUCUUAGCCAACGCGGUCGCGAGGCGUUGGACAGAUGUGCAGUCUUGUGCUCUUGAUCCGGGCUGGAUUCAGACGAAAAUGGGAGGGAGUGGGGCGCCGGGUGUGGUGAGUACGCCGGCGAAGGCGAUUGCGGAGUUCGCGGCGGGGGAGAGUGGUGUGUUUGGGAAUCGGACGGGGGCGUAUGGGGAUCCGUAUGGGGUGAAGAAGCCGCAUCAGGCGGCGGUGAGGGAGGAGAUGCAGGAGGAGCUUUUGGGAAUUUGUGAGAGGUUUUCUGGGGUUGGGUUUCCGAAGGUGUAG